ACAAAGGAUUUUUAUGACACUGACUGGAACUUAAGGGAAGUUGAACUGCUUCACUCCUUUAACAAUUUUCAUAUCCUUGUUAUUAUGACCCUACUACUAUGAAGUUCGCUAUGAAACAAGAUCAAGCAGACGACUUGGCAUGUGAGAAUGCUGCAGGUUUGCCAAAUGAAAUCUAAACCAGGAUUUAUUUUAAAGGAAAUGAAAACCUACUUUCACUGGCAGUAAAAGUUAUAAAGAAUCUAUAUGAAGUCUCUGCAGAGGGUGAUACCAAUUUAACGUAUGCGGCUGAACAACGUGCAUGCUAUUAAUCUCAGAAGACGACAGCACUUUAGUAUCUGCAUUGACCUCCAUGAUGUCAGAAUGUCAUUGUGCAACCGUAGCUAAGAAAAGCUGUCGAGAAAAAAAAAAAAAAACAAAGGAGCUUUGCGUCUUCCAAUAACAUGAGAUGUGCAUAUACAGUACGUAGCAUUUUGGAAUUUAUACUGUGGUAGUGAGUUGUUGCUUUCAGUUUGAUUAGACAAUCAUUGUUUCGUUUUCCUUGCUUUGACAGUGAGUAUGCUUGCACGCUGCUUAAGUCUUCUUAGUGCUAUCUAGGUCAGUGUACUUAGGAUAGCUUUUAUGUUCUGUAAGUCUGACAGAUACCAUGCUUGACAGAGAUCAGCAGCAAAUUUUGUUUUAUUUGUUAUAUCUGGGAUAGAAAAAUAUCUUAAAACUAAUCAGAAUUGUAUACCACAUAGCAACUACUGUUUCUGCAUUGCAGAUAUAUUUAGCUCUAACACUGCUUGUGGUUAACAGGGUGUAGCGUAGACACAGACAGCUGAUCAUGCAGUCAGACCCGGUGCUCGUGUGGUUUGUCAAUACUGCUCAGGAUUUUGAUGGACUGUUAAACAGAGAAAACAGAAAGGAGAGAAAAAGAAAUUUUUAUUUGUCUGAACAUUAGACCUUUAGCUAUAUUAUUUUUGCUAUCAUUGGCUUUUAAUUUUAUUUUUUAAUAUUGAAACUUAAAAAUUAAGAAAGCACAGCAAAUGCAUCCAGGAUUUAAUAUGUGCGACGUGAAAUCUUUCUGCAUCGAGAGGAUGUUGCUGUAGUGGAUGCAGCGUUUCUCCAAUAAGCAAGAAGACUGUUUUGUUUUCCUCGGCAGGCGACUCAGCCAUUGCACAAGGAGAUUUUGAUAAGAGUUUGAAAUGCCUACUGCUGUAUCGUUGUAGAAUUUGGAGUUUGCUAACAGUGUUAGUGACUGGAGCUCAUCUUGCAUCACCAGUUGACAAUUUUCUUUGUUCCCUCCCACCCAGUUGAACCAAGACUCUGUAGCUGAUACGCAAUGUCACUUACAACAUUAAUCAGAUACUGCAUUUAAGUUUCAGAAAACCUUGGAUGAGGACUUUUUUUCCCCACUCCUGCUUUCCCUAUUGAUAAACUCAGUUCUCCUGCUCACGGUCUAUUCAAGCUGCUUCCCAUCUGAAUUUUGUCAACUGCUUCUAAAAAAUUAUCAAGAAGACCAAGAACAGAACCUACCUCCAUCGCUUUACAUAAAAAUGGCUGGGUGCAUUGCCAUGUUAACACUGCUCUAAGUGGUGCAUGCAGAUGACAGUCAUGUCCCAUUCAAAGGAUCUCAAGGACGACUUCCACAGUGACACUGUACUUUCCAUUUUAAAUGAACAGCGCAUUCGGGGUAUUUUAUGUGAUGUCACCAUAAUCGUGGAAGACACCAAAUUUAAAGCCCAUAGUAAUGUGCUGGCAGCUUCAAGCCUUUACUUUAAAAACAUUUUUUGGAGUCGUACUAUCUGUAUUUCAGGUCAUGUACUGGAGUUAGAUGAUCUCAAAGCUGAAGUGUUUACAGAGAUACUGAAUUACAUCUACAGUUCCACAGUAGUUGUUAAGAGGCAGGAAACUGUAACGGACCUUGCAGCUGCAGGGAAAAAACUGGGAAUAUCAUUCCUAGAAGAUCUUACAGAUGUGAAUUUUUCAAGUUCCCCCUGUCCCUAUUCAUACUGUGUUAAUGAAAAAGGGGCUGUCAAAGAGGAAAAACACGAAAAGCGACAUGAAGAUUCUGCUGUGACAAAUGGACCACGAAUUACAAAUGCAUUCUCAAUUUUUGAAACAGAAAACAAUUUGUUUUCUCCCCUUGAUUUGAGAGCCAGCUUUAAAAAGGUAUCUGAGACAAUACAAGCUCCCAGCAUUGGCCUCGACAGAAGUGACGUGUGCAAAGAUGCUGAGCCAGCCAGUACCUUGGCUGAACACUCCUAUGCAGUUUCUUCUGGGGGAGAUACUUCACAAGGAGCACCUUUUGUUGACCAGGAGAGCAGCCCUUCAUACCAGGUGAGUGAGGACCGCUAUGAAAAUCACCAAGCCACUCCAGUCAUUCAGCAGGGAAAACAAGCAGGUAGUACUCCUAAGUCAGCCUUUAAGCCCCAGGGUACUGGUUUGGCUGUAGCAAAAGUACCAGCCUCUACUGUAACCACUGCAGAAGCCCGGCACGAAGCAGUUACUGAGCAGACAAUUACUUCCUUUCCAAAAUCUCAGAAUAAAGCAGGAGAUUUGCAUGUAUCCAGAGAAGAGGAAAACACUUCUGCUAAUGUCUCUACAUCUGGGGCGACUGUCAGUCCACCUGUUUACAGUUGUAACUGUUGUGCAAAAUCAUUCAAUGACCGGGUGUUACUCACUGCUCACCUUCAGCUCCAUUCAGAGCAUCAGGAAAAUUUCAUAUGCAAAUACUGCAGCAAACAAUUUGCCAAUCUAAAGGUACUGGAAAGUCACGAACAAGUCUGCAUGAGAUCCAGUAACUUAUCGGCUCAAAAUGGAAAUGAACAAAAUUUUGCAGAUAACUGUACUGCUACAGAGGGACAGAAUGGAAGUUCCUGUGCGAACACAGAGCCUGUGUUGUCUGAAAACAACAUCACUGAUUGUUCUAAUGCAAACUGCACUUUACCAGAAACUGAUCACUUGGUUAAAGUCGUUGAUGGGCAGGUAUUAUACACUUGUGUUGUUUGCAAGCGUAGUUAUGUCACAUUGUCCAGCCUUCGAAGACAUGCAAACGUGCAUUCCUGGAGAAGAACAUACCCUUGUCACUACUGCAAUAAAGUCUUUGCAUUAGCCGAGUACCGCACCAGACAUGAGAUCUGGCACACUGGAGAGAGGCGCUACCAGUGCAUUUUCUGUCUGGAGACCUUCAUGACUUACUAUAUACUGAAAAACCACCAGAAGUCUUUCCAUGCAAUUGACCAUCGCCUGUCAGUAAAUAAAAAGACAGCCAAUGGGGGUUUAAAACCAAGUAUGUACCCAUACAAACUGUAUCGACUCUUACCUAUGAAAUGCAGGCGACUGCCUUAUAAAUCCUAUCGAAAUUCUUCCUAUGAAAAUGUUCCAACAAGUACCCAGGCUAAUGAAACUGCUUCUACUAACUGUUUCAUUCCGAGUUCUCUUAGCUCUGAGCUACCACCGCUGAAUUUUCAACAUGGUAUAAUGUCAAACAACAGACCUCUGGCCUUGGAUACAUCUGCAUGUAAUGAAACAGCAUCUUCCACAAAUACUCAGAAUUCUUCCUCUUGGGGAGUAGGUAUCUUAAAUUCUGACCUGCAGAGGGACUUUUUCCCAGCAGAAAAAAGAGUUUCCACUGCUGCAAAUGACUCAGGUGAUUCCUCGGUUGUGUCUUCAGCUAAUGCGAAUGAAAAUUCAACCUCUGUCAUCAGUUACAGCAGUUCUGCACCUUCUGUUAUAAUGCACAGUAGCAGAGUUUCGUCAGUAAUAAUGCACAGUAAAACAGUCACUUCCAUAGAAAACAGUAAGACAGAAUCUUCAAAUAAUCUACCCAGUCAGUCAGUAAGUGAUGACUGUAAGUAUGGGUCAGAUAAUUAUGGGAAGUGCAUUACAAAAUCAAAAACUAUUAAGGACAAAAAGAAAACACUGCUGUACAACAGAGCAGAAGCAACUGAUGAUAUGCAGCAUUUGACAGGAUCUGGAGGUUCAUGUAGCAAAACUACAAAUACUGUCCAAGAGUCCAGUAAAACUGAAACAUACAUUGCAAAACCUGCCUUACCUGGAACAUCUGCUGACAGCAACGUCGCACCUCUUUGUCAGAUAACAGUAAAAAUUGGUAAUGAAGCUAUUGUAAAAAGACAUAUAUUAGGAUCCAAGUUGUUUUGUAAAAGGGGCCGAAAAUCCAAACACGAGUCCAAACAGGACAAUCUCAUUGAAGAACCAGAAAUGGAGGUGAAAGAUAAAAGCCCAUCUCGACUGUACAGCUCAGAAUGCCUGGAGAUGACAGAAAUGUGUGAUGAUGUUAGCGACCAGGACUCCAGUGAUAAACCCUGGAGACCUUACUAUAAUUACAAACCAAAAAAGAAAUCCAAACAGCUAAGGAAAAUGAAAAAGACCAAGUGGAGAAAAAAGCACGGAAGCAAGAACACCGGUAUGGAAGGCCACACCCCAUGCAGUCGAGAGUAUGCACUCAGGAAUGCUCCUGAGGAAAAGGUGGUCAGCCAGGAGGAGAACUCAGAAAUGCCUAAUCUUCAUUGUGAGCUCUGUGAAAGAGACCAGUCUUCCACAGGAGAAGCUCAAGAACAUGUACACUGGCAUGUAGCUGCUUCAAAGCCUUACAUUUGUGAGUUAUGCCAAAAACAGUUUCAAAGUCCAUCCACUUUAAAAAUGCAUAUGAGGUGUCACACCGGGGAAAAGCCCUACACUUGCAAAACCUGUGGUAAGUGUUUCUCACUUCCUGGAAAUCUACAGAAACAUGAACGUAUUCACCUGGGUGUCAAAGAUUUUGUCUGCCAAUACUGUAAUAAGGCAUUCACUUUAAAUGAAACACUCAAAAUACAUGAAAGAAUUCAUACUGGAGAAAAACGCUACCACUGUCAGUUUUGCUUUCAGAGUUUCUUGUAUCUUUCUACCAAAAGGAACCAUGAGCAAAGGCAUGUACGUGAACAUAAUGGAAAAGGAUAUGCUUGCUUUCAGUGCCCCAAAAUUUGCAAGACUGCAGCUGCUCUGGGAAUGCACCAGAAGAAACAUCUAUUCAAAAGUCCAGGUGCACAAGAUAGAAAAGAACAGUUUUGCAAUGAAAGCACUAAACUUCUGGAAAAUCCACAUUUCCUUGGCUCAGAAGGAACUGAAAUGAAAAAUACACAAAAUGUAACUCCAGAAGUGAUACACUGAGUGAAAACUGUGCAAAAGAGAAGAAAAAUCUAAAACUACAUGUUGGAGAAGAUAAAGAUGUAUUGAAUGAGGAAACGUAUCAGUAAGGUCCAAUUUCUUCAUCUAAAUGUGUGUCAAUAUAUGCAAAAGAAAAACACAAUACAGUAAAACUAGUAUUUGCAAUAAUACAGAUUUAAUUUGGAACACCCCAAAUACUUUUGCCACAACAAACUCUGGCAGAGAGAGAAAGAAAAAUUACCAACCCCAACGCUUCUACUUAACAUUACAAAAAACUAGUCACUGAACUGUUUUGCAGUUUUGGUUUUGAGUCAGAAUCAUUUGAAGCAAAAGAAAUAAGUAGGUUCAUGGUGUAUUCUGUAGAAGGAAUUUUUGGUGCAGAAACCAUAUAUUGCAUUUUUUUAAACAAAAGUAAUGUGUUUAUAAAGGAAAUAAUUGUAAUCUUGUGUGUUCUAAAGUGAAGGUGGGAAUUGUUUCAUGGGCUUGGGCGUGCUGAAGUACAUUUGAGUUCUGCCAUGCUUUUCUGUAACUCAGCCUUUACAAAACAUAUUCAGGAGUUUAAACCACUCUUUUUCCUUUCCAUAUUCAAUUUUGUAGUUACCAUAAUAACUGAUAAGUCUGAGUGCUGGUAUAAGAAGUAUUCCAGAUUUAUAUAUCUCUGAGACAUUUAAUAAAGGUUCAGUGGAACUUGCUAUAGCCAGUCUUCCAAACUGCAUAAAUUCCCAUGUCAGUGGCCUAGUGACCUCUUCAGGUGCAUUGGUCUAAAGAAAAUCGUUCUCACGAAACAGAAAUCCUGUAUAGAAAUGCCCACCUCCUGGUGGGUCUACAACUCUUGUUUUUUAGAAAUACAGUUCUUCUCAACAGAAGGACAUACAGACAGAAUUUUUAUUCCUCAUCCUGGAAUAAUGCCUGGACACAAUAGAACAAUUCCCUGGAAAUACUUUGAUUUUGAGAGGAGUAGGUAAAGAAGAUUCUAUAUCUAUCCCUGAGGCUAUCCCUGUGCGUAAACAGGUACAGGGCCAGUUUGUGGGAUUCCCUGUCGUCUCCAUGCCCUUAAAUGCAACAUUUAGUCUUCAGAUGUCCCUGCUCAGUGAUCCCAUCAACCAUUCCAGCAGUAUUCCAUGGCCACAGCAGAGACAGGCCAGGAGUGGGCUGCUGGAGGAAGGAGUGUCUGCCUUCCUGCAUCCUUCAUCCUGCCACACCAAAGGGUUAUGGUGAGCCUUGCAGCUGCACAGUUCACUAUGAACUGGGAGAAGAGGCUUCUGAAAGACAGCACCAAAAUAUCCCAGUUAAUACUGUUUUGUGGAAGUUUGAUUCAUUUUAACUGAGAUGCUUAAAAAAGUUCAAGUAGGCAUAUGUCAGCAAAUUGCAUUUUAUAGGAUAGGGCUCUGUUGUACCAUAUCUGCAUUUCCAAUAGUCAUGUAUGUUCAUCCCUGUGAAGUGUUAAAAAAUUAACUCAUGACAAGGGUUAGUGAUUCUCGACUUCAUUCUCCAUGAUGGUUCACAAUUUGUUACUUAACUUCGUCUUCUUGAAUAUUUUCAAAGAAACUAUAGCUUGGGUACAAUAAAACUACAAUUGAAAUUAUAAUACAGUAUUGAUUGAAGUAAUAAUACAGUCCACUUACUUAUUCUAUCACUGGUGAAUGCUAUGAACCCUUUGAGAAAUUCUGGUUUCAUGGCAGCUUUGGUUCCAUUUAAAUAAGGAUAGUAGAAUAAUAAACACAGGAAAGUGAAAUUAUGUUUCUUCAAAGAAAGUGCACAAAGAUAUCUUCUAAGUGGACUUGUAUGGUGAUAAAUAUAGACCAAAGCAAAUAAGGUAGAAUAUUUAUAAAUACAAAGAUAAUUUUACAAAUAUUUUAUAUAACUGUAUAGUUCAUAAGAAGAAUAUUGUUAGCUUGUGUUAGGUUUGGGGGGGGUUUGUAUAUUUUGAUAACACAACGACUUUGUAACUCUGUAUAUUCUCUACAGUUUAUAGCAAAGCAGUUUUAAGAUGGCAAUGUCAUGUUUAUAGUUCAAUUGUGGCACUUUUACUACAAGUAACAUGUUGCAGUAAUGAAUCAAAUAUUAAUGACCAAAUUAGAAUUAAAGUAAGUGUAAGAGAAGGUAAAUACUAUACGUUGUCAAAGACUGUAAUUUGCUACAUAAUCGCAUCUGUAUUUUUGUUUAGAAGAAAAUAUUAAAUGCAGAUGUUAAGGAUUGAUAAAGAGUCUAAUUUUAUUUUUAGAGUGAUUAUAACUCUGUUUUUGCUUAAUUAAAAUAACAUAUUCCUA